CUCUAGUCCUCUCUCAUCGCUCGCUCCCUCCCUCCCUCUCCCCGUGUCCGUUUGGCUUGCGGUCCGCAGGUUAAGAACGCGGAGAGUGUGCACGCUCUGGCACAGACAUAAUGGAUCCCAAGGCCGUCUUUGGCGUCUUCUUUAUCUUCAUCGUCGUCUCCGGCGUCGGCGCUCAAUCCCCGCCCACUUCUCCUCCUUCAAAUCAGGCCCCACCAGCUACUCCCACUCCUCCGGCUACUUCUCCUCCUCCUUCCACUCCGGCUCCGCCAGUCUCAUCUCCGCCGCCGGUUUCAGCCCCUCCACCUGCAUCUCCGCCGCCGGUUUCAGCUCCUCCACCGGCAACCCCGCCCCCAGCCUCUCCUCCACCGGCAUCUCCACCACCCGCUAGUCCUCCACCAGCCACUCCUCCUCCAACACCGAACACUCCUCCGCCAUCUCCUCCACUAUCUCCCCCACCACCCGUACCAUCACCUCCGCCAUCUCCUCCACUAUCUCCCCCACCACCCGUACCAUCACCUCCGCCGCCUGUCCCUCCACCAGCUCCACUUGCUUCUCCCCCUGGUCCGGUGCCGGCGCCGGCUCCAAGCAAGAAACCCACAUCUCCGGCCCCUUCGCCACUCUUACCAACUCCUCCGGCGCCACCCACAGGGGCACCGGCCCCGACUUUGGGACCAGCAUCGCCCGCUCCAGCGGCUACCGAUCAGAGUGGGGUGGAGAAGUUGUGGACAAUGGAGAAGAUGGUUGGGAGCAUGAUGCUUGGAUGGGCUGUUGUCUGCUUGCUAUGAGGGAGGAGACCCCACUGCGCCAUCUCUUUCAUUUCCCUGUUACUGUUACUUUUUUAUGUUAUUAUUAUUAAUUAGCCCAUAUGGAUGAUGUGGGAGCAGACAGCAUGUAUUUGCAUUACACACAUUGAGUUGCAUUCUUGGUUUGGGAGAUUUUUUUUGGAGAGAGCUUUUGUAUUUCAGGGGAGUUCUUUUUGAACUAUAUUACUUACUGUGUAGUCCAUUUCUUUCUAUUAUAAUUCCCUUUCCUUUUGGCUUUCUCA